AUGGCGACUGAUCCUGCUGCCAAAGAGAAGAUAACGAUAAACUGCCAUAAUUUUAGCCAGUUUCAGGAUGCAUUGCGAACAUUACGCAAGAUUGAUGAUACGAUAAUAUACAAGUUAAAUAAUAGUGUCCCAACGACGUCUUUCGAGGGGGAGGUGGACGCUGGUGCUCAAUGCAAAGACUUACAUCGACAGUUAACAGCUGCGUAUGUGGAUCGAGAAAACACCAUUCGUAGUUGCAUCAAGACUGUAAGCAACAGAGUGACAACAUUGCGUGACCAGAGAGAUAAAGAUCCAGACGACCUUGACGCUAUGAAGGAAUUGAGAGAAGAGCAAUGGAAGCUGCGACAAAUGCAAAAUGAAUUAGGAGUAGAAGAAGUUGUCAGGAAUCGAUCUUUAAAGGUAUUUAACGAACGUUGCUGGAGAGUAUUUAAACCCGAAAAUGAAAAAUUUUCAAGUUGA